AUGGAUAAAAAAAAGCUGAAAAGUUUACGUGGAUUGUCAUGGUUGCUUGCAGGGAACGUUUUCACCGCUACGACGCACAUUGUAACGGUGGUUGUAGGAGCAGGGGUGCUGGCUCUGGCAUGGGCCAUGGCCCAACUUGGAUGGAUUGCUGGCAUAGGCGUUAUGAUCACAUUUGCCUUCAUUUCUUUGUACACUUACAGUCUUAUAGCUGAUUGCUACAGAUAUCCUGACCCAGUCACUGGCAAGAGAAACUACACUUACAUGCAAGCCGUUGAGUCUUACCUUGGUGGAACAAUGCACGUGAUUUGCGGAGUGGUACUGUAUGGGAAACUCGCUGGGAUUACUGUGGGCUACGCUAUUACUAGUUCUAUAAGCAUGGUGGCUAUAAAGAAAGCCAUUUGUUUUCACAGAAACGGCCAUGAUGCUUAUUGCAAGUUUUCAAACAAUCCCUAUAUGAUUGCUUUUGGGAUUGGGCAAGUUUUAUUGUCUCAAAUCCCGAAUUUUAACAAGUUAACUUGGCUUUCAACCCUUGCUGCCGCUACCUCUUUUGGUUAUGCUUUCAUUGGAAGCGGGCUUUCUCUGGCAGUGUUGAUCCAAGGUAAAGGGCAACCAACAGGUUUAUUUGGAAAGAAAGUAGGACCAGACCUAUCUGAAUCAGAAAAAGUUUGGAACGUUUUCAAAGCUUUAGGAAACAUUGCGCUUGCUUCCUCUUUUGCUACUGUUAUUUAUGAUAUAAUGGACACAUUGAAGUCUUAUCCACCAGAAAACAAACAGAUGAAAAGCGCCAAUCUGUAUGGAAUCACAACAAUGACAUUACUCUUCGUGCUAUGCGGUGGACUUGGGUAUGGUGCUUUCGGAGAUAACACACCUGGGAACAUCCUCACUGGCUUUGGAUUUUAUGAGCCAUACUGGUUGGUCGCCCUUGGCAAUGUUUUCAUUGUAAUCCAUAUGGUGGGAGCAUAUCAGGUGAUGGCUCAACCACUGUUUCGUGUAAUUGAAAUGGGAGCUAACAUGGCGUGGCCACGUUCAGAUUUCAUAAACAAGGACUACCGAAUCAAAAUGGGGUCCUUAAAAUGUAACGUCAACCUCUUUAGGUUAAUUUAUAGGACAAUUUAUGUGGUAUUAGCCUCGGUUCUUGCUAUGGUCAUGCCAUUUUUCAACGAUUUCCUUGGCUUCCUUGGAGCAGCUGGGUUUUGGCCACUCAUUGUUUUCUUCCCUGUACAAAUGCACAUUGCACAGAAACAGAUAAAAAGACUAUCAUUCAAGUGGUCUAUGCUUCAAUUAUUGAGCUUUCUGUGCUUCUUAAUGUCAGUAGUAGCUGCAGUUGGAUCCAUUCGUGGAAUUUGCAUGAAUAUCAAGAAAUACAAACUUUUCAAGUAUAAGCAAUAG